CGCUCCGCGGCUCUGGCCUCGGCCUCCUUCCCUCCCCAGGCCGGGGGAGGCCCAGGGCAUGGGGAGGGGGAGCUGUCGGUGAACGUAGGGCCGGGGGCUCCGCGCCUUGAGGGCUUCUUAAAGCCGGGGUCCGUGGACUUGGAGGGUGUGGCGGGGGUGUGGUGGGAACAAAGUCCACAUUAUCCCACCGAAUUGGUUUCUUUUUCUGAUCUGAUUUAAAUGUGCAUUUAAAAACAUCCAUCUGAUGGACUUCGCUAAGGGCUGCGGGGCGCCUGGACCCCGAAAAGUUUAAGACCCUCCCAGGUUAAGCGGUUUUCAUUUUGAAUUUUGCCCUGGCGGCCCUUCCUCCGCGCUGGACGCGAUGAUUUCCGCAGGCUCGAGGUUUCGCUCAGGAUCCGUUAUCGCAGCGCCGGCCCGGGGGCCACGGCGACUGCCCCAGAACGGUGCCACGUGACCUCCCGAAGAGCUGCCCAGGUGGAUGCUUUGGUCCGGCCCUGCCCGCGGGCGGGCCCGGGGCUGCAGCCCAGAUCGCCCCGCUCCUCCAAGUCCGCGGGCACCACUGGAACCUUCUGAAGCCCAACAUGUGUUAAAAUGCACAUUUUAAAUAACAUCCAUCAUUGGACUACUCUGCUUUGCAAACUUGGAUCAUGAAGGUGAUGGGAAGAAUUUAUCUUUGGAUCUUGAUUUCACUAUUUCAUUUGAUAGCGUUUGCUGCAGAACAUGAAGAUGUAGCAAAACAUGCAAUAAAGUUGCAUCGAGGGAAAGGAGCAGCUAUUACUCAGAGAAAGCAGUGGGUUCUAGACAAUUGUAGAAAACUUUCUGGUCUUCUUCGACAAAAGAAUGUGGUUCUUAACAAACUAAAAAAUGCAAUAAGAGCAGUGGAAAAGAAUUCUGGACUGUCAGAUGAAGAGAAACUCUUUCAGGUACACACAUUUGAAAUUUUCCAAAAGGAAUUGAAUGAAAGUGAGAAUUCAGUCUUUCAAGCUAUCCAUGGACUCCAAAGAGCCCUGCAAGGAGAUUACAAAGAUGUUGUAAACAUGAAAGAAAGUAGUAGACAGCGACUGGAGGCUUUGAGGGAAGCUGCAAUAAAGGAAGAAACAGAAUAUGUUGAGCUUCUGGCAGCAGAAAAGCAUCAAGUUGAAGCCCUUAAAAAUAUGCAACAUCAGAACAAAAGUCUGUCCAUGCUUGAUGAAAUUCUUGAAGAUGUAAGAAAAGCAGCAGAUCGUUUAGAGGAAGAAAUAGAGGAACAUGCUUUUGAUGACAAUAAGUCAGUAAGAGGGGUCAAUUUUGAGGCAGUUUUGAGAGUAGAAGAGGAGGAGGCCAAUUCUAAGAGAAAUGUAUCAAAACAUGAAGUAGAAGAUAAUUUGGGUCUUAGUAUGCUAAUUGACUCCCAAAACAAUCAGUAUAUAUUGACUAAGCCCAGAGAUUCAACAAUCCCUCGAGCAGAUCAUCACUUCAUAAAGGACAUUGUUACCAUAGGAAUGUUAUCUCUACCAUGUGGUUGGCUGUGUACAAUGAUAGGAUUGCCAACAAUGUUUGGUUACAUUAUUUGUGGCGUACUACUGGGACCUUCAGGACUCAACAGCAUUAAGUCUAUUGUACAAGUGGAGACAUUAGGAGAAUUUGGUGUGUUCUUUACUCUGUUUCUUGUUGGCUUGGAGUUUUCUCCAGAAAAGUUGAGAAAGGUAUGGAAGAUCUCCUUGCAAGGCUCAUGCUAUAUGACAUUCCUAAUGAUUUCAUUUGGCUUAUUGUGGGGACACUUUUUACAAAUCAGACCAACACAAAGUGUUUUUAUUUCUACUUGUUUAUCCUUAUCAAGCACACCCUUGGUGUCCAGGUUCCUUGUUGGUAGUGCCCGGAGUGAUAAAGAAGGUGAUAUUGACUACAGCAGUGUGCUUCUUGGCAUGCUGGUAACGCAAGAUGUACAGCUUGGAUUAUUCAUAGCUAUUAUGCCAACUCUUAUACAAGCAGGAGCUAAUACAUAUUCCAGCGUUUUCCUGGAAAUACUGAGAAUAUUCAUUCUGAUUGGUCAGAUCCUCGUUUCUCUGGUUACUGUUUUUCUCAUAUGUCUUGUUAUAAAGACUUAUCUUAUAGGCCCAUAUUAUCGAAAGCUGCAUGUGGAGAGCAAAGGAAAUAAAGAAAUCCUUGUUUUAGGAAUAUCAGCCUUCAUCUUUCUAAUGUUAACGAUUACAGAGCUUCUUGAUGUUUCAAUGGAAUUGGGGUGCUUUUUGGCUGGAGCAUUGAUUUCUUCUCAAGGACAUAUGGUUACUGAAGAAAUUAUGUCCUAUGUUGAACCUAUACGGGACUUUUUGGCCAUCAUUUUCUUUGCAUCUAUAGGUCUCCAUGUUUUUCCCACUUUUGUAAUAUAUGAACUCACCGUUUUGAUGUUCCUUACCUUGUCAGUGGUAAUAAUGAAGUUUGUCUUGGCAGUGUUUGUCUUAUCCCUCACCCUGCCAAAGAGCAGCCAGUGCAUCAAGUGGAUUGUCUCAGCGGGGCUGGCACAAGUCAGCGAGUUUUCUUUUGUCCUGGGAAGUAGAGCUCGAAGAGCAGGGAUCAUCUCGAGAGAGGUCUACCUUCUUAUAUUGAGUGUAACUACUCUAAGUCUUUUGCUUGCCCCAGCAUUAUGGAAAGCUGCAAUUAUGAAAUGUUUGCCAAGACCAGAAAGACGAUUAAGUACCUGAAAACAAAAGUAUUCAUUUUAGAAUAACACAUUACUUUGCAAAAAUAACAAACCCCAAAUCUCUCUGCAGAAAUUUGUGAUGUACCUUCUUAUGAGCCUUACAUAUAUUUUAAAGUAAUACAGACUGCAUUAAAUUAUUAGUGUUUUGAUGUUUGCACAGUUAACUAAAUGUGCUUUGUCAUGUUUUAGAAUCUGCCAAAAUGACUCAUUUAGAUUCAAUUAUGCACAGUAGAAUUGCUUUGAAAAUAAUGCUUCAUGCAAAUUGCCUUGACUAUUUUGCCUGGAUGUGCCUUUUCCCCAAGUUUAUUCCAUCUUGUCUUGUUACUUGAUCUGUUUAUUUACCUUUUUUGGUAGAAACAAAACUGAAAAUACAUCUUAUUUAAUGGUGCCUGUGGUGCCCUGUUAAAAUAACUAAAUUUACCUGUGUAAUUUCUAGAUUUGUCAUCUAUAGGUCAAGUAUUUAUCAUUAAAACAAGUGAUGUGAAUGUCUAUUUCAUGCAGAUUUUGGCAGCUUAAUUUUAAUGUUUAAAAUGCUCAAAACUUGUAUUUUAAAAUGAGGUGAUUAUCUCAUAGUGCCUAUUUGCUUUUUAUUAUACCUCCUUUAAGUACUCAUUUUAAUGUUAGUGCAUUCUUUUAAAAAAUGUGUUUGAGCUUUCAGUUGUAUAUUGACUAUAUUCUUCAGUAAAAAUGAUCUUUGAUCAGGGUACAAUAUUCUUUAACCUUUUUUUUGUUGUUUUGAAAUCUUGAAUUACAAAUUAAAUUUUGAUGCUGAGCGAAUCCCUACACAUUUUCUUUUAUUAAUUUAAAUGAUUUGUUUAUAUAUUCACAUAUUAUUCCCUAAGAGCAAAAAAAAAAUUGCUUUUUAGAAUGUUCAAGUUGUGGCUAUGGUACAAGAAAAACUUAUUUAUGUUCUAUUUUAAGAAAUCACAUGUAAGAAAAUCUGAACCUACAAAUUGACAAGCUAGGUGGUGAUACUCUUUAUUAUGAGAAAAUAAUUUGCUUUACAAAGUGUUUAUUUUUUUUUAAUGGGAGCUGUCCUACUUACAAGCCAUUAGCAAGCUAAUUGCAGAUGAGUUUCAGUUGUACAGCAGAAAAUAAUUAUAAAUUUCAUUAGUAGCAAAUGCCAAUUCAAAAUUAAUCAGCAAUAGAAAUUAAAACAUCUUGUGUUGUCAGCGAGAUAAAUUACAUUUAUAAGAAUAUAGGAAUAUAUAAUUGAGAGGUAUGUAUGCUUCAGAAAGUGAACUGCAUCUACAUUUGUUUGCAAUAAACUUGACAGACAUUCCAAAUAUUAUCCUAUUGUUUGGUACUAUUUUACCCCAUUCAUGUUUCUAGUAUAUUAAAGCAAAUAGGGCUGAUUUUACCUAUAGGCAGUUAUAAAGCUAUUAUCUGGAAACCUGGCUACUGUCAUACCAGUUUGAAAAGAAUACUUAAAUGAGAAAUCUUAUAAAGAAUGUUAUGUUAACACACAUUUAGAUACAUUAUGUUAGUUACUUCCUAAAAUUUUGUUAUGCAAAAAUACUUUAAAGGGAAGUUAAAUGAAUGAGUGUAAUAUGAGUUAUUGUGAUAUAUGGGAAACCGAAGAUUUUAGCAGCCUUGCAAAUAGCUAGAGCUAGCAGUAAUUUAUGGCGUACCAACUUUUUAAUAUAAUACUUCUGAUUACAACUCUAUUUUAUGCAGUAGCUGCAAGUUGUAAAAAGUUGUAUACUUUUUUUUAUUUUGGGUAAGUAAAAUAUUUUAAAUGCAUUAGGUACUCUUGCCCUUAAAAGGAAUUGUAUUUCUUUUGAAGAAUUAUUUUAAAGAGUGAAGAGCUAGUUUCUGAUGUUUUUUGUAAAUGUAGAUUUUUAUAUAUUAAGUUUGCUUAUAGUUGGCCACCCUUUUCUUCUCCUUCCAAUAAUAUUGUAACUUACAAGUUUUUGCAAAAGUGACAAGAUUGUUCUUUUUUUUUUUUUGGAGUUUUAGCUACAAAAUGGGAUUACAAUGUUGAAAUACUUUAAUAAUUUUACAGUGUUAAUUUUGUACAAAUUUGGAUCUGCUUUCAUGGCCUGUGAAAGCCAUUUUAAUAAAAUGAAAAUGUGACAUAAGAAUCUUUUUUUUUUUUGCAUUUCUUUGUGCUAUUUUAGUGCUAAUUUAUUUAAAAGAUGAAGCUUUGCAGUGAUGUAUUUAUUCUAGAAUGAGUAUGCUAGUAGAACGUAGGUUUUGCUUAGACUGACAAAUUUAGAUGACUCCUUUUUAGACAGCAAAGAAUUUAAUUUUAUUCAUUAAAGCAAUUUAUUAAAAUUUUAGAGGCACUGUUAUUUUGUUAUUAAAUGUCUUUGUACAGAAGGGUAUAUAGAAAUAUAAGUUCUUUUCAUGUGUACUGUAGGAUUUCUUGUUAAAGAAGUCUAAAGUAUAAAUACUAUCUGAGGCAACAGUUCAUGUAAUAAAUUUGUUUUAAAAAAU